AUGGCCGAUUGUCUUGCGACCGAUACUCAGAAGGAUGUUGUUUCCCACCUAGAGGCAGCCAUGUCUGAUGUGGAGGACGUCAUGAAAAUGGCCAGAGUCCCCUCUAUAUCGCUUGGCAUCAUUCAUGAAGGAAAUCUUAUCUUCAGGAAGAGUAUUGGUCUCAGAGAUGUCGAAAACAACCUUCAAGCAAAUAGUGAUACCUCCUACCUCAUUGGAUCAUGCUCAAAGAUUAUUACCUCUACGGCGCUUGGGCUACUGGUAGAGGAGGGGAAAUUGAUGUGGGGGGGAUAA